AUGAAACAUUCGGCGACUGGUCAGGCCAUUCUCCUUGUAGCUCAAGCCGCUGCUGUGUUGGGCCUGCCAGAGAGGACCCAUUGGCGUGAUGAUUUGGGAAUUGAUAUCGUUGGCGGAGAAGAAGCCGCACUAGGAGAGUUUCCCUAUAUGAUAAGUCUAUCGCUGAGCAGCGGGCAUCAUUGUGGAGGUGUGCUGUUGAAUGCGUACACUGUUAUUACUGCGGCUCAUUGUGUCAUGAAUACUCUGACGAGCGCUAUCAAAAUUCGUGCAGGGAGCCUAGCUUGGGCCUCUGGUGGAAUUCAAGUCAACAUCUCUUCUUAUGCUGUCCAUCCCGCUUUCAAUUUGGUAACGGCUGAUAAUGAUCUGGCCAUGGUGCACCUGGCAGACCCAAUUCUCGAAGCGGAAUAG